AUGGAUAUCCUCUCCCUUCACUUUCAAUCUUGGGUCUCCCAGAUAACUCAAUUCUGCAAUCUGAUGGUAGAGUUCGUACUCCGAGAUAUCACUUUUGUUGACCAGCAGCAGAGCAAGUUUGAUGGCGUUGGUCAAGUUGUACUGGUUAAGCAAAGAGAUUUUGGGUGCGUUUCUAACCACCGCGACUGGCUUGUGCAACCGGCCACUCAGAUACAUCGUAUCCCAAUUCAUCAAGUCACUGACCAGCGACUUCAUGGAAGUGACACCAUAUUUCAGCUCGAAAUUGGGAUCCAUUUGACUUCUCUUGAAAUUCAGCUUCACGAAUGGGUUGAAGUAGACACCGGCACCUAG